AUGCUCUCCUUCGUCGCCACCGCUGCCGCCGCCUUGGCCCUCAGCCCCUUCCUGGGUGCGAGCGCAAUGAACGUCUCCAACGUCCUAGUCUACUCUGCUACUGCUGGUUUCCGCCACGACUCGAUUCCCACCGCUGUCGAUUCUCUCAGCAAGCUUGGCUCAAGCUACGGCAUCAAUUUUGUCAAUACCGAGGAUCCAACGAGGUUCAACGACGAGUAUCUCUCCCAAUUUGACGCUCUCUUCUUCCUCCACACCACUGAAGAAGUGCUCGAUUCUCGUGGCAAAGCUGCAUUCCAACGCUAUCUCGACAAUGGUGGCAAUUUCGUUGGCGUUCACGCUGCAGCAAAUUGUCUACUCAACUUUACGACGAUGGAACGCACACUCGACGACCACCUCUUUGCUGACAUUCGCCGCGUCUCCGUUCUUGCCGACCCCGUGGCAUCUUUAAUAACAGGCUCUCAAUUCGCUUAUCAUCCCGACUUUACGAAUGCGACCAUAGUCGUCCUGGAUGCCAAUCAUCCCAGCACGGCUCCGCUGCCUCCACAAUGGCGCGUUAGAGACGAAAUCUACAACUUUAACCAUGACCCGCGUGAUUUGGGCGCCGUCGUCGUCCUCACCGUCGACGAAAGAAGCUAUCACGAUGACGGAGACCGUUCACCCGGUCAAGGUAGUCCACAUCCGAUUGCCUGGUACAUGGAGAAACUUAGGGGUACAAACUCGACGGGUCUCGUCGGUCGUAGCUGGUACACUGCUCUCGGUCACUCGAACGCUUCCUGGGUUGACGAUAUGUUCAUGUCCCACAUCAUGGGGGGUGUCAGCUGGGUUGUGGCUUCGAAUACGACUCGCGCGCUCAACCCAUCCGCGACGGUCGGCUCACUUGGACCAGAAUACACACCUCCAGCCCAACCUCCACAGACGACGGCGACUAUCGACAGUCACGGUGGGGCCUCGUCCGUGUUCAAUCAUGGCAUAUUCGGUGGGUUGUCCGCUGUCGGUGCUGCCUCGCUCUUCUCCGCGCUAUGGGUUCUCCAUACCUUUUGA